AUGUCGAGCGAAAACAGCCUCCCGACCCCGCCUGCUGAGGGCAAUGUAUCGUUCGUGCUGAAGAAGGUGCACGAGACCGCGUUCGAGGACCGCCCGCUUGCGCCGCUCCGGCCGGGCGAAGUGCGUGUGAACGUGCGUCAAACCGGCCUGUGCGGCUCCGAUUGCCACUACCGCGAGCACGGGCGCAUCGGCGACUUUGUGCUCACGGCGCCGAUGGUGCUGGGCCACGAGUCGGCUGGUGUGAUCACGGAGGUCGGCCCCGGCGUCGAGGACCGCGCGGUCGGCGACCGCGUCGCGCUCGAGCCGGGCGUGCCGUGCCUGUCGUGUGCGAUGUGCCUGCGGGGCGACUACAACCACUGCCCCAAGCUGGUGUUCGCUGCGACUCCGCCGCACGACGGUACUCUCGCUACCUACUACACGCUGAACUGGGCCUUUUCCCACAAGAUCCCGGACAACAUGUCGAUGGAAGCCGCGUCGCUCAUGGAGCCGCUCAGCGUCGGCGUCCACGCGGCCGUGUCGCGCGGGCAGGUGCGUGCGAUGCAGAAUGUGCUGGUCCUUGGCGCAGGUCCGAUCGGCCUGAUGAUUGGCGCCGUGGCGCGUGCGUUCGGCGCGCGCCGCGUGGUGCUGUGCGACCUCGUCGACGAGAAGCUGCGCUUCGCCGAGUCGUUCUGUGCGACGUCCACGUACAAGCCGUCCGCGCCGCAGCCCGGUGAGACUGACCCUGACUGUGCUGCGCGCAAUGCGCGCACGCUGGUCGAGCAGGUCGGCGGCGACGUGGCGCAGAACGACGGCUUUGACCUGGUCCUCGACGCCAGCGGCGCCCAGUCGUGCAUCCUCCUCGCAGCGUGGGCCGCACGCUGCCAGGGCCGUGUCGUGCUUGUCGGCAUGGGCCGCGCGGACGUGCUCAUGUCCGUCAGUCGCGUGAUUGUGCGCGAGGUCGAGGUCACUGGCUCGUUCCGCUACGGCAGCGGCGACUACGACAUGUCGAUUGCGCUCGUGGCCGCCGGCCAGAUCGACGUCACACGCCUCGUGACGCACCGCUACCUCUUCGCCGACGCCGAAAAGGCCUUUGAUGCCGUGACCCGCGGCCACGGCGAGGACGGCCGCACCUGCAUCAAGGUGCAGAUCUGCCAGGGCGCCGCGCCCGGUCUCUAG